GGCCCGGCUCCCGGAGGCUGUCGCGGAGCUCCCCCGGGGUCCCCGGGAAGGGGCGCGGGCUGACCGAUGUGCGUGAGGAGAUGCCUGGUGGGCCUCACCUUUUGUACCUGCUACCUGGCUUCUUACCUCACGAACAAGUAUGUCCUGUCUGUCUUGAAAUUUACCUACCCUACAUUAUUCCAAGGGUGGCAGACAUUGAUUGGUGGACUUUUGCUUCAUGUGUCAUGGAAACUGGGCUGGGCCGAGAUCCACGGCAGUUCAAGAUCUGAUGUUUCAGCGUGGCUUCCUGCUUCGGUGCUGUUUGUGGGUAUAAUCUAUGCUGGUUCCAGAGCAUUAUCCAAACUGGCCAUUCCUGUGUUUCUCACUUUGCAUAAUGUAGCUGAAGUUAUCCUCUGUGGGCACCAGAUGUGUUUUCGGAAAGAGAAAACUUCUCCUGCAAAGAUCUGUAGUGCUCUCUUCCUCCUGGCUGCUGCAGGAUGCCUUCCCUUCAACGACCCCCAGUUUGAUCCUGGUGGAUAUUUCUGGGCUGUAAUUCACUUACUCUGCGUAGGGGCUUAUGAGAUAUUGCAGAAGGCCCGGAAACCCAAUGCGCUAAGCGACAUUGACCAGCAGUACUUAAACUAUAUGUUCAGUGCUGGGAAGACUUCCUCACUGCUCUGCUGUUUCAUUUUCAGUGUGGUGCUCCUGGCACUUGCAUCCCAUCCCACAGGUGAUCUCAUCAGCGUCCCGGACUUCCCAUUCCUGUAUUUCUACAGAUUCCAUGGCAGCUGCUGUGCCAGCGGAUUGUUAGGAUUCUUUCUCAUGCUCAGCACAGUGAAGCUGAAAAGCCUUAUGGCCCCAGGGCAGUGUGCAGCCUGGAUUUUCUUUGCUAAGCCUCUUGCUCGGUGGACUUGGAGAGGCCUUGCUGGUUUUCUCAGAGCGGAAGGGCUCCUAAGGGCAGGAAGAGUCGACUCACAGGUGCCAGCUGGGGUACACAGCCUCUGGACGUCGGACCUCCCUGUCAAGUGUGUUAGAGGGAAGAAAGCAGGGACGGUGAGGCCACCGCUUCUCACAGCAUGAAGGAGAACUCUCUCCAUGGGUCUCUGGGCUGCUGUAGAGAAUGGACUGUGUUGUGUCUUCCUGCUCCGAGAGGCUCCCUCAGGUCCUGCUGACCACACCAUGCCCAGUGGUGCAGACUCAGCUAUGGUAGUCCCCCUGUACAGGGAUGGCUCUGCUCACCUGGAUGGAUAUGCCGGCCUCCUUAUUAAACACCUGUCAUCAAACACUGCUUUGACUAUUUGAUGGUGGGCUCAAGGCAUUUCCUGGCACUUUCUGUUUUGUGUUUUUACAACCUUAGAGACUCUUCUGGGGACGUCCUUCCCUUGCUCUCAUGGGCUUGCCUGGAGCCUACCCUCACUGGCUUACGAGCACAGACAGAAUUCCCCAGGAGGGCUUCCACUGGGGGACAGGGGCAGAGAUGAGGGUUGAACCAAAGUUCUGAGCCAAGUAAGACACCAGCAAGGACACUGUUACUCCGGAUUGAGUGCUGAAGCCUUUUGGUGACCGUGUAUUGUGUUGUGUUGAAUUCUGUACACACUUUCUUUGCCCACUAUUAGGUUCACUUGCUCCUCAAUGAGCACCAAAGGGAAUAGGGAUUAUAAUUCCUGAUGCUCCCUGGACAGUGAAACAAACAUAGAACAUAUGGAUACACACAAGCACACACAUUUAUAUUCAUAUUCCUUAAAGCUUUUAAUCCAUUUAAUUCCCUGAUGGCUCAGAGGAGGUUUCAAAUCAUUGAACACUGAAGUAUAUAUUUCAGGCUAGAUUAAAAAUUGGAUUAAAACUCUAAACCUAAAAAAACAAAAAAACAAAAAAACUCUAAACCUUGCCUCUGGGGGAGUCAAAAGGAAUGAAUAUGCAUGAAAUGGUAACUUGAUUCUGAACCCACAAUGAAGGUUUCAGAGAAUAGUGUCUAACUCCCAAUAUUUCUGCUCAUGACAGGUUCUCAAUACCUUAACUAUUCUGCCGGGUGUUGGUUUUGGUCAUUUAGAGAUAUAGAAGGUAGUGAAGUCAUGGUGAGUCUUCCCCAGGCAGGAAGCCAGGGUUGUGGUGUUGGACCUGCGCGUCGAGGGAGAACCAUCUUUAGCAUCUAGGAAAUGAGCCUGUCCAUUCUCGGCUCUGUGAAGAAUAAGGUUAGCUCAGUCAGGGGCCAUUCUUCCUGCACGUUCUCUCCAGCUUGUUGAAAAAACAAACAGAAAAUGACACAGAUGGGAAUGGAUUCGUGUAUUUGGAACUUGGGUACCUUAAAUCCAUUUCCUUGUCUUUUCCUGGUCUCUGCGUGUCAUUUAAGGUAAAGAUGUUCAGAGUGACCUGGACAUAGAUACUGUUUCAGUUUGCUUUUUGUUCUUCAUCUGGGGCGUUAAACUGUAUAGAGGCUGAGGAUCAAGUAGAAAAGUGAGUUUAGAAUUGCCCUUCUUUUGCCCCCACAAAACUCUCUGUACAACUGAGUUCUUCUUUUGUGGAAAGUGGCAUAUGGCCAAAUGUCAUCAUAAGCCUGUCUUUCCAAGUGCCAUUAGGGCAAGUGGAGAUUCCUAAGUCUGGAAAGAAUCAUGCACAGUUAAUGGGCCCAUCUCUGGUUUCCAGGAGACCUGUUCUUUUUUUUUUUUUUAAGAUUUUAUUUAUUUAUUUGAGAGAGAAAGAGAGCAUGAGCAGGGGGAAGCGGCAGAGGGAGAAGCAGACUCCCGCUGAGCAAGGAGCCCAACACGGGACUUGAUCCCAGGACCCUGAGAUCAUGACCUGAGCUGAAGGCAGACACUUAACCCACUGAGCCACCCAGGCGCCCCAAGGAGACGUCUUCUUAAAAGAAUCUCUACUGAGGAUUUUUAAAUUUUUGUUCAUUUGAUUUUUUUUAAUUGGCAUUCCAGAGUCCCAUUGUUUUUAUUUUUUUAUUUUAAUUUUUUAAUUUGACUAGAGUUGACACACACAUUAUAUUGAUUUCAGGUGUACAACUUGGUGACUUGACAAGUUUAUACAUUAUGCUGUGCUCACCACAAGUGUACCAUCUGUCCCCAUACAUUGUUAUAAUAUUGACUGUAUUCCUUUUGCUGUGCCUUUUAUUGCCGUGCCUUACUCAUUCCGUAACUCAUUCCCUCUCCCCCUUCCCCUGUUUUGCCCAACCUUGUACCCCCAACCUCUCUGGCAAUCAUCAGUUUGUUCUCUGUACUUCUAGUUUUGAUUCUGCUCUUUGUUUAUUCAUUUUUUUUAGAUUCUGUUUAUAAGUGGAGUCAUAUAGUAUUUGUCUCUCUCUGACGACAUUUCACUUAGCAUAAUACCCUCUAGGUCUAUUUACGUUAUCUGACAUGGCAUGAUCUCAUCUCUUUUUUAUGGCUGUUUAAUAUUCCAUUGUGUGUGUGUGUACACAUUUUCUUUACCCAUAAAGCUAUUGUAAAUAACGCUGCAAUAAACGUAGGGGUGCAUAUGUCUU